AUGGAACACUUGCUAUUUGAAUAUGCCGGGGGAUACGGGCUGUUUGUACUCAGGGAGCACGAGGACAUGUCAAGAUCCACGUAUGACGACUACACCAAGCUUACCCAAGUUUUGAGCUUUAAGUCUGGAAUGAGAUUUAGCGGUCUUUCCGAUGCGCUGGAGCAUCUUCGGUGUCUUUCCCGGGGAGAGAUCCAUGAGGAUCUUCGGAAGUUUCUUGAGUUCAACUGUGUGAAGGUUUUGCACUGCGAUGGAUCACUAAGAAAAGGCCUGAGCAUGCUUGGGAUUGAGCAGAAGGAGAGCGAGAAUGUGAUGAGAGGAGUUAGAAAGGCCUUUGGAAAGCUUAUGAAGCUUGACGAGUACGACGGAAAGCAGAUGAUACUUGGGCUGGCAUAUGGAUACUCCCGGGAAAAGGUUGAAUACAAUGUGAAGAGGGAGGACUUUAUUGUGAUAAACACGGUCAUGCUGCUGGAGCAGGUGGACAAAGACAUAAAUUCGUAUUCGAUGAGGAUAAGGGAGAUUUAUGGAUGGGUGUUCCCCGAGCUGAGCCGUGCACUGAAAGACAACCGUGAAUACAUUGAGGUUGUUCGGUGUUUUGUGAACGAGGAGGUGGGCAAAGAAGAUGGGAAGUGGCUGGAUUUAGGAGUAAGUGGGGAAAGGCUUACUGAAAUCAAAGAGAUGAAGAAGAACUCGAUGGGAACGAAGCUUUCUCCGGCGGAUAUGACGAAUUUGAGGAAGCUGAUAGAGAUAGUAAGCGACAAGGUUGAAGUCAGAGAGAAUCUCAGUGGGUAUCUGAAGGACAAGAUGAGUUCGAUUGCACCCAAUCUUGCAACCAUUCUAGGAGAUGUCCUUGCAGCAAGGCUCAUUUCGCAGGCGGGAGGGCUCCUCAACCUUGCAAAAGCCCCUGCAUCUACAUUCCAGCUUUUUGGUGCCGAGAAGUCACUGUUUAGAUCGUUGAAGAUGAAGAAGAAGACGCCCAAGUAUGGGCUUAUCUACACCUCUAGCUAUCUAUCCAGGGCCCGGGACGAGGACAAGGGAAGAAUUAGCAGAUACAUUGCAACAAAGUGUUCGAUUGCAGCUAAGAUCGACUGUUUCAGCAAGGACAGAACACCACACUACGGGAUUGAGCUCAAGCUGUUGAUUGACAAGAAGAUCCAGUCUCUCCAUACUGACGAGGAGGUGGAGAGGACAAGUACUGUGGUCCAAAGGGUGUUUGAUAGGAUAAACGGGAUAUCCAGAGACAGCGCACCAGAGGACAAUGCAGAGCCCAAGGAAAGGCCAAGAAAAGAUGUAGAGCAGAGGAGGAGGCCGAACAGGCCGGGAUCCAAGGAAGAGGUGUUCCGAUUCCGAGAAAGAAAGGGCAAGGAUGGGAACAACUCCCAGGAAAGAGAUAAGCGGGUAAGCUUUGAUUUGACAAGGAACGAUGUGAAGGAAACCGAGAAGAUGCCGAAGAGGUUCAAGAGAAGAAGACAAAUUGACUAA